UAGCUUGAUAUAUAAAAAUAAAAGGAUCUUUCCUUUGGACAUUAAGGAGAAAAUGGAGAGACGUUGUAUGUUCAUUUCCAGUUUUGUGCUGAUACUUCAUCUUGUUCAAGCUCAAGAUCCCACCGGAUUCAUUAAUGUGGAUUGCGGUUUACCCCUUCGUGAGUCUCCUUACAACUCACUCCCAACCGGUUUAGCAUAUAUAUCAGAUGCCGAUUUAGUUAAGAGUGGAAAAACUAGUAGGAUCGCCAAGGAGUUUGAACCGGACUACACUAAGCCGAUUUUGAAACUAAGAUAUUUUCCAGACGGAGUACGAAACUGCUACCAUCUAAAUGUUACCCGGGACACCAAGUAUCUGAUUAAGGCCACAUUCGUAUAUGGAAAUUAUGAUGGUCUUAAUGUCGAUCCAAACUUUGACCUUUACUUGGGUCCGAACAUAUGGACAACAGUGAGCAGUAAUGAUACUAUAGAGGAGAUCAUCCAUGUGACGCAAACCGACUCUUUACAGGUAUGUCUUGUUAAGACAGGUAUUAGUAUACCCUUUAUAAAUGUCUUGGAGCUACGACCAUUGAAGAAAGAUAUGUAUGUUACUCAAAGCGGCUCACUCAAAUACGAAUUCAGGAGGUAUCUUAGCAACUCAGAUCGUAAUAUACGGUAA